AAUGUGAAAUGUGAGAUUUCCUGACGCACGGAAUUCAAAGCCAGUUCCGGCAUCAAAGUUUGUUGAGAAUUUUGUGUUGAAGAAUUUUUUAAAAGUUUUUAAUAAUCGGGGAACAUUUCCGUGAAUUAGUUAUUUCAAGAGGAAUUGAUAGCUAAGGUAUAAAGUUAAAGUAGUCGGUUAAGAAGUUAAUCAUGAUUACACCAGAAGGGUUUCUUCAAGCGGCGAGAAAUUAUUCGUCAGGCCACACCCAAGGCCAAGCAGCUAAGGAAUAUGUGGAAAAUCUUCCCAAGACGUGCGACACGCUCGGUCGUUCUCUCCCGUGGUCAACUCUGGAUAAUUUAUGCACUCAAUUCACAGGAUCACCUGAAGAACAAUGCACGAUCGGACUGCUCGGAGCACUUUAUGCAAAGACAAAAUCACCAGAUUUCAAUACACAGUUUGAGCCUUUCCUUGUCCAAUUUGCACGUUCGAUUGAGUCGGAUUCGACAGAUUAUCAAAGCCUGAGGGCAGGGUCAGCCUUGGUGAGCGGAGCAUGCGAAGCGAUCUCAGAUCAGGUUAUUCGCCGCAAAAAUCCAAUCCUUGCCAUUAAUUUGAUGCGUUCUGUGAUCCGGAGGAUUCAAAAAGGGCCCCGACAACUGACUGGUGUUCAUGCAACGCUAUUACAACUAUGUUUGUCGUCACACUGUCUAAAACCAGCCCUACCUUACUUGAUGGACGAUAUUGACGACUUUAGCAGCGAUCUUAAGGGUGGCGAUUGUAAACAAGUCCUCCUCUACUUUUACUAUGGUGGCAUGGUCUACACUGCGUUGAAGAAGUAUGCCGAAGCGAUCUUCUUUUUCGAAGCGUGCACUCGAGUCCCAGCUCAAACCUUGAGUCACAUUAUGCUCGAAGCGUAUAAAAAGUUUGUCCUCGUGAGUCUUAUUCAGCUCGGAGAGGUUCCUCCCCCUCAUAAAUCAGCAUUGCAAGUUGUGAAUAGAAUACUAAAACCUUCCGCUCAACCUUACACGGAUCUGGUGACCGCCUUCUUAACCCAUAAUCCUGGCGAAGUUGUGGCUGCAAUUAGUCGAAAUCAAGAAGUUUUUCGACGAGAUAAUAACUUCGGACUGGUGAAACAAGUCCGCGCCGCCCAGACAAAGUUGAACAUUCAGCGCCUGACGAAGACCUUUUUAACCUUGAGUUUAGCUGAUGUCGCGGCUCGAGUGCAGCUUAGUUCUGCAGACGAGGCAGAGAAGUGUAUUUUAUCGAUGAUUCAAGAUGGGGAAAUUUACGCAAAAAUCAGCCAAUUGGACGGAAUGGUCGUAUUUUUGGAUGAUAAUGAAAAAUAUGACAAUCCCAAAGUGUUGGGAAAGGUGGAAUCCCAAGUAAUCAAUCUAAAUUUGCAGAUCUCCCGAUGCAUCGACCUGAACAAAAGACUGUCCGAGAUGAACGAGAGGCUGGCCACAAAUCCAGAGUUCAUUUCGAGGGUUAUGCUGACCGGAAGUGGUGGGAUCGGGACGGGAAGUUCUCUCGGUCUUGGGGAUGAUCAAGACAUGGCAGUCUCUGCCACGGCGUCAUCCAGUUCGGCGUCGACGAGUCGACUUCCAUCUUCGUUCAACCAUUAAUUAUUAAAAACUUGGCUUAAAGAAAAAUUCAGAAUUUUCGAUGUGAAAGUAAAAAGAAUUGUGACAAAGAGACACGUUUCCUUUCAAUUGAAUUAAUUAAAUCUUUGUAUACUUUGAUGAAUGAAAAUUAAUAAGUAAAUUGCAAUUAAAUAAAUAAUUACGAGAUUUAUAAUAAUAGAA